AUGUCCUGGCCCAGCCGUGGCACGGCCUCGUCCCAGGGCCCAUUGAUCUUGGCCUUGAAUUUGUGGGCCCGCACCAGCCACAGCGGGCACAGCACUCCCAGGAACACUACGGCCAGCGCGAAGAGGGCGCCGGCGUGGCGCGAGGCGCCCCAGACCGCUGCCCCCGCCCCCGCCAGCGUGCCCGCCGUCAGCGCGGCGCGCGCGCCGGCGCCGGCGGCGCCCACCUGGCGCCGGGCGUAG